UUAUAAUGUACCCACGUGUUUACAAAAAUGUGUUAGAUAUUAAACUUAAAUACUUAUAAUUAAAGUUCUAAACAGUUUUAACAAUGGAAGACAAUAGGAAACAGAAGGCUUUUAGUGGUUUAAAUCCGUGGAUUGUACGACAGUGCGCAACAAUCGGGGUAAAGGAUCCAACUCCGAUUCAGGUCAAUUGCAUCCCAGAAAUCCUAAAAGGACGCGAUUGUAUCGGAGCGGCUAAAACAGGCAGCGGUAAAACGUUGGCCUUCGCUUUACCCAUCAUUCAAAAACUAUGUGAAGAUCCUUAUGGAAUAUAUGCAUUGAUUCUGACUCCAACAAGAGAACUGGCCUAUCAAAUAGCCGAUCAGUUUGCCGUAAUCGGCAAGCCCAUGAAUCUCAAACAUUGUGUGGUUGUGGGUGGUGUAGACAUGGUGGCACAAGGACAGGAAUUAUCUAAAAAGCCUCACAUUGUGGUUGCAACUCCAGGACGUCUUGCUGAUCAUUUGGAGAGUUGCAGCACUUUUACAUUGUCCAAGAUAAAAUUUCUAGUACUGGAUGAAGCUGACAGACUCUUGGGUGGACACUUUGAUGACCAGAUUAAAACAAUAUUUACUGCCCUGCCUAAAACAAGGCAGAACUUGUUCUUCUCUGCCACAAUUACAGACACAUUACAAAAAUUGAAAACAGUUACAGGCAGGGACUGCUUUUUAUAUGAGGCACCUGCGGAAGUGGCAACAGUAGAACAGCUAGAACAACACUAUGUUCUGUGUCCUAAAGAUGUCAAAGAUGCAUAUUUGGUAGAAGUUAUAAGAACAUACAGAGCAACCAAUCAAACAGGCAAUAUAAUGAUAUUUACAGAUACAUGUAGAAAUUGUCAAGUUUUAUCUAUGACUUUAAAUGAAGUGGGAUUUGAAAAUGUGGCCCUUCAUGCCAUGAUACCACAAUCACAAAGAUUAGGAGCUUUAAAUAGGUUUAAGAGUAACACAGUUAAAAUGCUUAUUGCAACGGAUGUUGCAAGCAGAGGUUUGGACAUUCCCACAGUGCAACUGGUAGUUAAUCACAUGGUACCCAAAGUACCAAAGGAGUAUAUUCAUAGAGUAGGUAGGACUGCUCGUGCUGGUAGGGGUGGAAAAGCCAUCACUUUGGUUACCCCUUAUGAUAUUCCUUUGUUGCAAGCUAUUGAAGAACAUAUUAAAAUGAAACUGACUGAAUUUAAACUUGAUGACAGUGAAGUGGGGAAGAUCUUCACCCAGAUUUCAGUCACUAAAAGUGAAGCCUACAUUCAGUUGGAUGAGAAGGAUUUCUAUGAGAAAAAGAUGAUAAAUAAAAGGAAAAAAUGGAUAUUAGAAGGCUUAGAUCCUGAUGAAGAGGAAGAAAAAUUAUUGAAUAAGAGAAAAAAGUUGAAAAAAUCUAAGAAGAAAAAGAAACAAAAAGUUGAGGAAUAUACAGAUAAUAAAACGGAAGAUAAUAAUGUUAAUGUUGAUACAAAUGAAGAAAAUAAAUAAUUU